AUGAAGCUCGUGUCCUACCACAUCGCCCCUCGCGGGGAGCCGAGCCGAGUCGAGUCGAGCCGAGUGGAGCCGAGCCCCCUCCUGCCCGACACGUCCACCGCCCCGUCCCCCGCCAUGAAGAAGGAGUCCAGCCGCGCGGCGGAGCGACCCGACGACGCUCCGGGCUGCGAGGUGACGCUGCAGCAGCUCAACGACCUGCUGACCGACGACAGCGGCUCGUUCCGCCGGCCGAGCGCGCGCCUGAACGAGGUCUGCCCGCGCCUCUACGUGGGCGACGCCUCCGUGGCGAUGGACGCGAUGCGCCUGAAGCGUCAGGGCGUCACCCACGUCCUGAACGCCGCGGAGGGCGACUCCUUCAUGCACGUCAACACCAACGCCGAGUUCUACGCCGGCACGGGCAUCGCGUACCACGGCGUGCCGGCCAGCGACACCGACCACUUCGACAUCGGCGUGUACUUCGAAGAGGCUGCGGAGUUCAUCGAGGAGGCGCUGGCGUCCAAAAGUGGAAAAGGUAAAGUGUUCGUCCACUGCAGGGAAGGCUACAGCCGUGCGCCCACCUUGGUCAUCGCCUACCUGAUGCUGCGCCGGCACAUGGACGUGCUCCCCGCCGUGGCCACGGUGCGGCACGGGCGAGAGAUCGGACCCAACGACGGCUUCCUGCGGCAGCUCUGUGGGCUGAACCGGAGGCUGGCGGCGGAGGAGGAAAGCUCCGGAACAAAUGAAGACCGUCCGUAAGAAAGAGUCGGUGCACUUUCCCUCACUCGCUCUCCAGCCUUGAACAUGGAGGUAAAGUGGAGAGCUUUAAGAGAUUACUUUGAUUUGCACAUAAAGGAACUCUUAUGUUUUAAAUGAAAACAGAAAGAUAUGAUCAUUAAUAGGGAAUAUUAUAAAGAAUAUUAAGAUGAAUGUACUGUGAAUGUAUUUUAAAGCAUAAGAGGAAGACAGUUGUUAUUCUCAGUGUAUGUAAUGACACAUGUAACAGUUCUCUGUGAGAUGCGUGGGAAUGAAUGUUAGUUUAGAGAUGAUAGAUAAAAUGGAUGCCGGUUUAGACGUUAGCUUUUAUCCUGAAGGCAACGAAAUACGUUUUAUUCUGAACGAACUUCCUAUCCAAAUGACCAGAAGUAUGACCUUUGACCCCGCCAUCUUGAGAAUUGGCCUUAAGCCAAACACAGUAUCGUUGAAACUGACGAAUGAGUAAAUUCUGAGGUGUUGGAGGAGCGACUGCCGACUAACUAAUGAGAGGUUGUGAUUGAUCUGAUAGAGGAGCUGAUGCUCACCGAGCUGCAGACUGAGGACGUUAGUCUCAUUCCGGCCACGAGAUCGUGAACCAUAAUUGUUUAUCAAAAUGUUGCCAUUAAAUAUUGUUAAACUUUAAUUCAUCACAUCCUGAAUUCACUUCAGCCCGAAACCUUCUGGUAGACAAAUCUUUUUAAUAGUACAAAAUAAUCCACGCAGACCUUUAAACGAACAUACAGACCUUCACACCUCGCUGGUCGUACGAUGUAAUGUGUGACUCCAGGUGCAUAUACUCAGUGUUACCUUCUGAAUAUUAGAUAUGUCUUAGUUCAGGUCUAAGUCACCAGAUUUUGAUUUAUUUUAAAUUGCGUGUCCCGUAUAGUUUGGUGUGUUUUCCUGCUGCUCGCUCCCGGAUUUCAAGUGGACACUAAUGUUCUUAUUUCUAAAUAGAUUACAGGGUUUUUCCAUUAUCCAUACCGCUUAUCAUCAUUAUCCCAGCUGACAGAGGUUGAAGGCAGGGUUCACGUUUCAUGUUUGAGGAGACGGCAACGUCUCACCCGUGUGUCAGUCUGUGUCUCCUUGGGGCUUCAUAGAAAUUGUUGAUACUAUUUCAUAAUGCAAGAUAAAUCCAUUUAAAUAGUAAGAUGAAGAUGGUUGGAUGGAGGCCCUGAAAAGCUGGCGAUCCAGUUUCUAAUUUGGAUCUAAAUAGUUUUCUGUGUUCAUGACUUAAUAAAAGACGAGCUGGUUUCUAGUUCUUUGAUUUUCA